GGACCGUUGUGUAAAGGAAGUGAAACAUGUUGACAUUGUGCUGGUCCGUGAAGGAGCGUUGAAUAAAAGCAGCUUGUUGAUGCGUACUGCAGGCCGACGGGAUUCGUCACCCACAUGUGGGGGGGCAGAUGCACAUGGACUUGAGGGCUCACAUCUGAGUCUUCUGGGGUCCGCUCUUCCUAGGGUCCAUGCGUCUGAUGGUGCCUCCACACAGACCUCACCACGGCACCUAGGUAAACCGGAGUUCCCUGACACGGGAUGGGAUCGUAUCAAAGAUCUUUUCUACAGGGACGAGGGGCAGAUGUACUCAGAAGAGUUAAGGAAUAUAAUAAAAAGUGGCGUUGCUGCAGCUCUGGUUGGGAUGGUCUAUGGAGGCCUUCCAGGAGCAAGACAUGCCCGCGAGAGAUUCAUUCAGAUCAGCCAGGCUGAAAUUUACCAAAACAGGAUGGAUGCAGUGCGUUCAGUCCAUAAUGCAGCUAUUCGUGGGUUUGUGCGCUUUGGCUGGAGGUGGAGUUGGAGGGUAGCAGCUUUCGUGACUAUGUUUAAUACUGUAAGUACUGGAUUGACAGUGUACAGGGACAAAAAUUCUCUGAGUCAUUUUGCUGUUGCAGGCGCUCUCACAGGAGGAGUGUUUCGGAUGAGUCUGGGACUUGGAGGGCUGCUGGCUGGUACGGCCAUAGGAGCUGUACUGGGGCUGCCGGCUGGAGUUGUAAUCAUUGGUCUACAGAAGCUGGGGGGCGAGACCAUGUAUGAAAAGAGACAACGAGGAAGACGAGAGCUACAUGAGCUUAGAGUCUCCGAAUGGAACGCUCGUCUCAAGCUUACAGAAGAUCUCAUUGGGGAAAUGAAGUGCGAUAAACAUCAGGACACUGAAAAUGACCUUCGACGAAUAGAGGAGCUCCUCAGCCAGCCUAGGAAUGAGAAAGGUGCAGAGAGCUCUGACAGCCAAUAACAUCAGAGACUGAAAACCCUGCUGAGCAUCCUGACUGUGAUUUUUUUUUUUUUUUUUUUUUGAUGUUCUAUUCAAUUCCUGAAACCUGCUCCCAGUAUUUGUGUCAGUCCACCAUCAUUAUCAAUUGCUGCAUUUAUGUCAAUAUCCCUAAUUCUAUUAAAAGCUGCUGAAACUUGAUGAAGCUGAUGCGGCUGGGUAAAGUAUUUGAAUUAGACACAUUUACAAGCAUUUAUUGUAUUGGGUUGAUUUAAUUAAUGUAAAAUAUCAGUGUCAAAUAAACUCGGCAAAAAAAAACAAAAAACAGU